AUGGAUUUCGUCAUUCACCGAUUUAGAGGAAAAACCUUCGUCUCCCGAUGCGACGCCGCUUUCGCUAGGGUAUUGCUUUCGUUCUCAUUGUACACAAAUGGGCUACGCAUUUUCAACACGCGCACCAAGUCCGGUCAGAUAAGCUGUGUACACGGCAUCCGUGUCCUCAGUAUGUUCUGGAUAAUCUUUGGUCAUACCUACUACUGGGGAAUUCCGUAUCUGAAUAACUUAAUGGAUGGAUACAAGUUGCCGAACAACAUAGCUAAUCAGAUACUGCUCAAUGGUUCGCUGUCAGUCGAUCCAUUCUUUUUUCUUAGUGGCAUGUUGUUAACUUAUUUGUGGCUGAAGAAUGUAUCUUCAAGCAUGGAUAAGAUAAAGUCAUGGAACCUUUGGCUUAAGUAUUAUCUCCACCGCUAUUUGAGGUUGACUCCGGUGUAUAUGAUCGUUCUCGCAUUUAACGCCGAUACUUUGCGGUUCGUCACUGAUGGGCCGAUGUGGUCACAGAACGGCUUUGAGCCAAAUUACUGUGCGAAUUCAUGGUGGACCAACGCGCUGUAUAUCAACAAUUUUAUUCACGACGAAGAAUGCAUGACAUGGAGCUGGUACCUCGCUAAUGAUAUGCAGUUCUACAUGCUUGCUCCAAUUAUUCUAUUAUUGUUUAUCAGGUUCGUGCCUACUCCGUCUUUCAAUAUGCUAUUCAACGUGUUUGUAUUGUUAGGUAUACGGUACUUCCGAUCGUUAUCGUCAUUGCGCUCAUUCUUGCAAGCUGCUUCAUUCGUGCAUGGAUUAUUCUCAACAACGAUUGGCCUCCUAUCGCACUUUUCACAGUUGACAAGAAAGAGUUGGUUUCAUUGUAACUGCAUGUCAUUGUUUCAUUGCAUCUCCUUUAGAUUCGAAAUCUUUGACUUGUUUUGGGAUCAGGUGUACAUCAAGCCUUACACUCGCUGUGCUCCAUUUCUGAUUGGCAUUCUUGUUGGCUACUUCCUAUGCAAGACAAAGAUGUCAGUUCAAAUACCCAAGGCCUUGGUCGCUUUUUGCUGGAUUUUGAAUACGGCAUUGGGUCUUGUAAUUGUUUUUGGAUUAUGUGACUACUCGAGAACUAAUCAAAUCAGUUUCGCCUGGAGAUUGAUCUACUCCGCGUUUGGCCGCACCGUGUGGUCUGUCGUCAUUGCUUGGGUCACUUUUGCAUGUGCCACUGGAUACGGAGGCAAGGUUUCAUCUGGGCCAGUCAAUACUUUCCUGUCAUGGAAGGUAUGGACGCCUUUGAGUCGUUUGGUUUACUCUGCCUACCUCAUCCAUCCAGUGCUGAUUCGGAGUUAUUAUGCUUCACAGAACAGACCUAUGCACUUCGGCGAUCAUUUUCAGAUGGUAACAAUUUCUAUAUGUUCCGUAGGAAAUGAAGUACAGUCAGAAUGGAUGCUGGCUCUAGGUUAAGG